AAACUAGCCCCUCUAGCUAGCUAGGUAACUCACCAGUCAAAUGUUUGCUAACAUGUGAGUGUCUUCUAACUUUGUCAGCUAUUUAUUAACUCAGACCUGCGUGAUGUUACAGUGUUGAGCUACAUGGUGAAGUUUAAUUUGUUUAUUAACCGUGACUGAAGUCCCACUGUGUCCUAAAAGAUUUCAGAUGAGUCAGUCUAUUUUUCUAUUACUUGUUAGCUUGGCUAAUCGACUACAUUUUCGGUGUAAGGGAAUAAGGGGAAAGUUGUGUACGUUAAAUUAUUUUCUGAACUUUUUGUUUAAUAUAGCCUGAGCUCCGUGUUUGCCUAUCAAGCCAUGAUACAUUCUCUCUCGCUCUCUCUCGCACUAGCGCUAAGCGCCACAUGCCUGAUUAGCCUGAGUGCAUCUCAGCUCUUAAUGUGAUGACAAGAGUAGAGAGGAGAUCCUCGGAGGGGCACAUCAGAGACGAGACGGUCAUAUCUCUCUCUCUCUCUCUUCUCUGCACUCGUUGCCCUGUUUAAUGUGAUUGCUUUAAAGUCUGCCAGCAAUUCCUGAGGCAGAAGUUAGCAAAGCUCUCAGCCAAGUCAGACACCGACUCGCCCUUCCCGCUGAACCACGCACGAUUAACGUGAUUAACACGAUUAACAACCGCGACUUCAAGGACACGUGAGUCACGCUGCCGGGAGCAAACGCCUCAGCAAGUCAGCUAAUCUGAUGUACAAAGUUCAGAAAACUCUGUAGCACUAUUCUUUCAUCUUAGCAUUACAUCCUUGCCAUUUUCCUAGGAAAGCUUGUAUCAUUUAGAGACACAUCACACACAUUACAUUAACAACUAGCUAGCUAAUUAGUGAUUUCUAUCUGUCUGAUUCAGCGGCCUUUUCAGACGAUACGAAACAAUUCCAAUUAAAUGUGGGCCGAAUUCUGUUACAGUCUGUAUGCUAACACGUGUUCUGCAUUUUUUUGUGUAUUAUAUGAUGAAGAUCCUCUAACGAUAGACCUACAAAUGACUACGUUCUCCUUACGUUAUCAAUCAGUGUGAUCUGGUAAUCAGCAGGCUCGCACGAACACAAACAUUCUUCUAAGUGAGCUGGAGGUAUGUUUUACGAGCAUUGCUAGCGUACUUGUAGUUGUCUCGUGAGUUUUGCGUCAUCCUGAGCCGUCCUACUGUUGAUGGGUUUUAGAUCAUAGCAGCGCUUACAGUUUGCGAUUUUAAUCAAAAACUUCUCACACUGCCAGAACUUUAUCAUCGGCUGUCUGUUGGUGGUCAGAUUAGUUGUUCUAAGACCGCAGAUUUCAAAUCACAAACGAUGAAUACUGUGAAAAUACAGCCGAAAACUUUAAGGUGUAAACCCGUUUUUCAUCAGCACACUCGUCUAAAACCUAUCACAGCGCACAAGAACGAUAAACAGAUAUGAUAAGAAACAUGUUACAGGUUACAUUGCUAUGUCAAUGUCUUGCCAUGCAUUAUGGGUAAUACACACAGGCACACAACAUUUGAUUUGAUAUAUAAAAUGGUGUAGGAGCGAUUAACCUCUAAUGAGCGCAGAAUCUCCUGAAGACCUGAAAUCUCAUUCAUUUCUCCUUUAUUAAAAAAGAAAGGCAUCUUUUGUCAAUUUUAACCACUUUCAGCCCUGGUGUGUGUGUGUGUGUGUGUGUGUAUGUGUGUGUGUGUGGAACGCACACUUCACAAGGGGCCUUAUUCGCCGAGCCCUAAUUAAAAGCCUGCUUGUGAAUAUGAUGUCCUGAGAGCCCGAGGCGAUGGCCCACUGAGCACGACUCUUUUAUAUUCUCCUUUCCUUUCUUUAAUAGGUGUAUAACCCCCACCACCGCCACCUCCAUCACCGCCGUCCCUCUUUCUCCCCCCUCAAGCCAUUUAACCAGGCAGCAUCAAUGGGUCACUAAUGGAAAGAGGGUGUAGCUAACAGGAGCCUGAGUCACGACACACUUUUUAUUUCGGAAAUAAGCGCGAAUCAAAGGGGAUUCAGUGGUGGAUUCAUGGUCCAUAUUUAUAGCUGGGGUCAAAAUACAAGAGCAGACAUGAAAAUCAGAGAUCCAGGAAUUCAUCAGUUCGAGAAAAAAGAGGCAGGCGGAAGUGAAAAGCUGUAAACAUGACUAGCAGUGCAAACACAAGGACUGGGAAAUACGCUAGGAUCAGAAUAUUCAAGUAAUCAGUACAAGCAAGUCUUUAAACCAGCUGUGUACACACACAUUAAUGAGUACCACUGAGACAACGAUACCAAUAACCAGAGCUGGAUAAACAGGGGCUUUUCUGAGGCCUCGUCUGCACAUACACAUAUUUUUAAAAGGGUAGUUUUUAUUUCUCGGUUUCCGAAAAAAAAAUCAGAGCUUCUGAAAAUAACUCCAUCUACAUGAACAUUUUCGAAGACGCUCACAUGAGCACACUAACCCAGUGAUAGUGUGACUGAACUCUCAAAUCAGAAGGUGUGGAUUAAUUUUCUACAACAGCACGACUCCAGCUGUAACAUAAACGACAGGUUUACAUUAAUUAGUUCUAAUACAUCAUCUAAAGCUAAUAAUACAUGGUUUAAAAAAAAAACAUUUUUGAAGAAGGUAAUUGCUGAUAUGGUGAAGUUUUCUGCGAGUCGAUGUCGAUGGGUCCAAAAGUCUGAGACCACAUUGAAAAUCUGGGAUUUUUUUUCAUUUAAAAUUGGAAAUAAACAGAAGGUUUUAGAAUUGUGAAAUAUUUAAAACAAAGAAAGUAAAUGUUCAAUAUCUUGAAGAUUUAAUAUUCAUGAUUCUGCACUAUGUCAAGGUCUCUGUUUAAAUAUAAGCAAAUGUGUGACAUUGAGCAUUGAACAUUGAGCUUUGGACAAACAGUCAGAUUUUCCUCAUGUCUAAUCUCUUCUAUUGAAGAGUGUGAUCAGACGACACUCUGAUGGAUUUGAUCUGAAAUGGAUCAUCAGGUUUUACACAAACACAUGGUGGAGUCCAUGCCAGCUCGAGUGUUAUUAAAGCAAAAACCAGACGAACCCAAUACUAAGUAACUGAAAUUCAUGUAAAUAUUUCUAAGAUUCUACGGUUCACUCAAGUUGUUGUCAAUAAUAUAAUUUGUAGUGAAAAUUGUUGUAUUAAAUUAGAAAUGAAUGAAAAUAGAAGCAUUUUCACUAGCGUUCUCAGACUUUUGGAUGUCACUGUAUGUUACCUUUGCGUAACAUUUAUGGAAGGAGUCUCCAGUAUCAGAGCUUUGCAACAGUCAGCAAGUUUCUGCUGGUUUUUUGUUUGUGUCUUAUAAACUUCAAGAAAGAGAAUAAUGAGAGGCUGGUGAGGGAACGACUGUUUACUGCUGCUAUAACGUAAGCGAGAAGACGAACCAACUUGUUGCGCUGACGUUUCAUAACAUUAAAUGUAACUCUAAAUGGAUAAAAAGUGUAACGUGUUGUUCAGUAAUAGAUCACAGUGCUAUAAGAAAAAUCACACACUUCAGGACGUGCUGUUAUAAGAAAAUAAAAACUUCACGUCAUAUCGAGCCGUAUCACAGGACACAGGGUGGAUUAUUUUCAUAUAACCGCACAUCUCGGAGUGUGUUACUCCUUAUAACAUCAGAAGUCUCAAGAAUAAUGUUAAGAGCUGUGUGUUGAGUGGUAGAGAAGGAAACAUGCGGAAAAACACAGACACGGACAAAAGUUCUAAAACUAAAAAUGACAAACAGGAUGACUCAUUUUCCUACCUGAGUUAUCAUGCCUAAUGUUAACGAACUUUUUAACAAAAUGGCCGACCCAGUCUGUUAACACAAGACCUUGAUUCAGACGCUACGUUUCCAUGGCUACAGCUACAUCUCUGAUUGGUGGGUUUCAGUUUUGUAGUACUGAAACCAGACUUUAUCUUCAUUACUAUUUUGCUAUUUUUAAGAAAUAACAUUGAAGCAUGGCUUCAGUGGAGCGUGUACCGUCGUUUACCAUCUCGUAGCUCUCCGUGAGUCGCAAAACAUGUACAGUAUCUUUUAUUAUCCUGAGAAAAAACAGGAGGCAGGAAACGGAAACUGACGGAAACAUCAGCACUGCCCCAGUUUUCAUGCAGCAAACACACAUCGGUGAAAAAGAGCACAAUCGCGAUUGAUUCACAUUUUGUAAAGCUGUAGAGAAACCUGGAUUAGCCAGCACUGAUCUCAUUUUAUAUCCUGUUUUGUUGCUUUGUUUGUUUGUUUGUUUGUUUUCCAUGAGGUUUUGGUUGGUUUUCAGUGAUUUGUCUUUGGUGUGUGUAUUUUUUUGUAUAAUAAUGAUGAUGAUGAUGAUGAUUAUGAUAAUGAUGAUGAUACUGUGAAUCCCAGUAUUUGCUCCUGAGCAGUGAUUUGGGUUUUUUUUUUUUUUGGUUCUUCUCAAAACAUGAAAGGACUUUCUUUCUUUCUUUCUUUCUUUCUU